AAAUAUUCCAAGGGCUAUUAUUGUAAAUUAGCAUUGUAUAAACACAAACUCUUCCCUUUUUGUUCGUUCUUCACCAUCGUCUGCUUGUAGACCGUUGUUUUAGGGUUUCGUUCAUCCUGCUCGUGCCUUCUUCGUUCAAAACCCUAAUCGUCGGUCAGAUCUGAGCAACAUAUUUUUCAAGAAAAUCUCUGGUCACCGUUUCACUUUACCAGCUUAUUUACAUGUCUGAACUUGACCUCCAGAUUCCUUCUGCUUAUGACCCAUUUGCUGAAAGUAAUGCUGAGGACUCUGGUGCCGGGUCAAAAGACUACGUUCAUAUUCGCAUUCAGCAACGAAAUGGUAGGAAAAGCUUGACAACUGUGCAGGGUUUGAAGAAAGAAUAUAGUUACAAUAAGAUUUUGAAGGACCUCAAGAAGGAGUUCUGCUGCAAUGGCACUGUUGUUCAGGACCCUGAACUAGGCCAGGUCAUCCAGCUUCAAGGUGAUCAGAGAAAGAACGUCUCUACCUUUCUUACCCAGGCUGGCAUAGCGAAGAAGGAUCAUAUCAAGAUUCAUGGUUUCUAAUCUAAGCACACAAUGUGUGCAAGUUUAGUGGUUAUACGUUUGUUUGUGAUAACUUCUGUUUGAUACCUUUAUUAGUUCUAGUACCAAUGGCAGGAUUAUGAAAAUGUGUUUUCUUAUCGGUAAAAAAAAUAUCUUUAUGUGUAGCACUCCCUCGAACUCUCUUUUCUCUUGCAACUUUGCAACUUUUUUAUUUUAAUAAUAAUUUAAGUUUUAUUUUAA